AUGUCCUCCUUAACCACCACAAACCUCGAUGGGAUCCUCCCACUUCUCGCCAGAGGGAAGGUUAGAGACAUCUACCUGGUUGAUGACCAGACUCUUUUGUUUGUGGCCACCGACAGAAUCUCUGCCUAUGACGUGAUCAUGGAGAAUGGUGUCCCAGAAAAGGGUAAGCUUCUCACCAAGUUGUCAGAAUUCUGGUUCGAUUUCUUGAAAGACACCGUGCCUAACCAUUUGAAGUUGAAGACCUCAUCCGAUGAUGAGCUCUUUGCCCACCUCCCCAAGGAAUUGUCCGAGCCCAAGUACAAGGACCAACUUUCCGGGAGAGCUCUCUUGGUCAAAAAGAUGAAGCUCAUCCCCUUGGAAGUCAUUGUCCGUGGUUACAUCACCGGGUCUGCCUGGAAGGAGUACAAGAAGUCCGGCACUGUACACACCUUGAAGAUCGAAAGCACCACUCUUCAAGAGAGUGACGCCUUCCCACAGGCCAUUUUCACCCCGCUGACCAAGGCUGAACAGGGUGAACACGAUGAGAACAUCUCCCCGGAACAAGCUGAGAAGCUCGUGGGCAAGGAGUUGUGUGACGAGGUCGCUGCCAAGGCCAUUGAGCUCUACACCAAGGCCAGAGACUACGCCAAGUCCAAGGGCAUCAUCAUUGCCGACACCAAGUUCGAGUUUGGAUUGGACGCCGACAACAAGUUGGUUCUUGUUGACGAGGUCUUGACCCCAGACUCUUCGCGGUUCUGGAACGCCUCCACCUACAAGGUGGGGCAAUCACAGGACUCCUACGACAAGCAGUUCUUGCGUGACUGGUUGACCCUGAACGGGCUUGCCGGCAAGGACGGCGUUGCCAUGUCCGACGACGUUGUGGAGAAGUCCAGAGCCAAGUACAUCGAGGCUUACGAGGCCUUGACCGGCGCCAAGUGGUAG